GUGUGGAGACAGGUGCCCAGCAGCCCAGGAAGCCGGCCAGCACCCGCCCAGCUUUAGGCUUCGCUGUCCCUGUGAGCGCGUCACCAUGUCCGAGGCGCCCCGGGCCGAGACUUUCGUCUUCCUGGAUCUGGAAGCCACUGGGCUCCCCAAUAUAGAUCCCGAGGUGGCCGAGAUCUCCCUGUUUGCGGUGCACCGCUCGUCCCUGGAGAACCCGGACCGCGACGAGUCCGGGGCCCCCGUGGUGCCCCGGGUCCUGGACAAGCUGACGCUGUGCAUGAGUCCGGAGCGCCCGUUCACCGCCAAGGCCAGCGAGAUCACCGGCCUGAGCAGUGACAGCCUGGCGCGGUGCCGGAAGGCCGGCUUCGACCACGCCGUGGUGCGGACGCUGCAGGCCUUCCUGAGCCGCCAGGAGGGCCCCGUCUGCCUCGUGGCCCACAACGGCUUCGAUUACGACUUCCCGCUGCUGUGCACGGAGCUGCGGCGCCUGGGCGCCCACCUGCCCCCGGACACCACGUGCCUCGAUACGCUGCCCGCGCUGCGGAGCCUGGACCGCGCCCACAGCCACGGCACCCGGGCCCAGGGCUGCAAGGGCUACAGCCUGGGCAGCCUCUUCCGCCGCUACUUCCGGGCAGAGCCCAGUGCAGCCCACUCGGCCGAGGGCGACGUGCACACCCUGCUCAUGGUCUUCCUGCACCGCGCCGCUGAGCUGCUGGGCUGGGCAGACGAGCGGGCCCGAAGCUGGGCCCACAUCGAGCCCAUGUACGUGCCACCUGAUGGCCCGAGUGUUGAAGCCUGAGUGCCAGGGACUGGGUGAUGCCACCACCCGGGGGGGGCGGGACGGGGGAUGAAGCCCACUCCCAGUACCGUGGGCGGCCCCGGGUUUGACCCUUCAGUCAGGCUCUGCGGUCCGGAGCUGGCACCGGACCAGUGCCCCGCGGCCCCUGCCCCUGCCCCCCUCAGCCAGCUAGCCCUGGGUCCGUGCACCUGCUAGGCCUUCUGGCCCUGGCCGUCUCACCUUGUAGCCCUAGAGCUUUCUCCCAGCUCCAUCCCGGGACUGUGCUCUAGUGGUUUGCUGCUGCAAGCUUCCACCCUUCACCCAGCCUCUCAAUAAAUUUAUCAUCAACGGCUACUCA